UAUAAAAUAAGAUUUGUUAUUGGCUGAAUGAGUGAACACUACACACUACAAUCUCAUUGUAAUUUAAAAAACAAACUACAAUUGACACAUUAGUUUCACUCGUCUGACAUUAAACCGCAUAAAUGUACAAAUAAUCCAGUAAUCGAUAAGUUUUCAAUAAAAAAUGCUUCUGAUUUUUAAAUGACUUGGCAACAAAAUCAUUAGCUAUAAAUAUGAUAAAUAUACUAUCUUACGUGGGCAUGAACAUGCAGUCCGAGGUGUGUUUGUGGACGCUGUUGGGGCUGGUGCGAACCAUCUUCGACGCCACGCUGUUCAAAGUGAACGCCAAUCUGAAACAGGUCUGGCAGAUGACGAUGCCUGAAGAGCUGUCAAUGCCAGUACAGCGCGUGUUGCGCACCAUGAUCUCCGGCGUGAUGCUGGUGCAGUGCUUCACUGUCUACGUCUACCUCGCCUCCUACAUAGUACUACUCUAUCCUGUGUUCCUGGAAGAGCGCCCCACGCUGGUGUUACCGUGGCUGCUGCUGGCGGCGGUCCGCAAGCUGCUGUGUGAGCUGACCAGCCUGGCGCUGGGGCUGGGCACCUGCGUGCUGCUGGGCCCCGCCAGACCUCCCUGCAUCAAGUUCGUCGUUGUCAAGUUCACGUCAAUCAUGCCUGCCUUCUACAUGUGGAUGCUGGUGUUCAGUUACUAUCACGCUUUGAAGGUGGCAGCAGCAUUUAAAACGUUCCCUGCGGUGCUUCCCCCCAACGAUCACGACUAUGGACUGGAGCUCGCCGUCCGAAGACGACGCACCAAGUCUCUGCUUGGAGAAGAUCAGCUCCGCAAAAAACUGGUCGCAAACUUUUAUGGGGAAAGAACUUCAAGUAUAACCGAUCAAGCAUAUUUACGCACUGCCAUAGGCCUCUCAUCAAGAAUAGCUGACUUACCAGACACUAGCGCAGAAGAGGUUUUGCCAUCAGAAGAUACAAAACCCUUGACAGUGUCCACAACAGGAUGGUCCGACAUCGGCGCGUACGAGGAUUGGUUCGGCAGUGAAGUUAUGAUACCUCGUGAUACUGACCGCAUAUUAGAACAAAUCGUUCUGAUGCUGUUACGUAUAGGUGCUUAUUUAAAAAAGGAGGGAUUGGAAAGUAUUCUCGAUUCAGAUAUACUAAAUUCGGCUGUACCCGUCUCCUGGCUUCAACGAGAUAACAUUGAUUGUUCUGCUAUGAAUGCAGACGAUACUGAUACACCUCCACUUGUUGGCAGUAGCAGAGGAAAUAUGGCUUCUUACCUUCGAGAAUACCCACAAAUAUUUAUGAAGAGGGCAGGUACAGAUGUUCCUCCCACUGAACGUAAGCUCGCAUCUUUAAAAACUGUCCACAGUCAUGUUGGAAGCGAAGAUGGAAAUACGAGCAAAAGUCGAAAACGCGUUUCGCCUGAUACAUCUACUGAAACAUUAUCUGUAAAUGUCGAAAAUGUUGCUAGCAAGAAAAAGAUCUCGAUUUCAGAUAUACAUUCUUCUGAAGUUGAAACUGAAAAGCAUAAGCAACAAAAACCAAAGAGGACAUUAAAAAGUAACGAUGGCAAAACAAAGCAGAAAAAACAGGAACCUGAAUCACAAUUUAAAAUUAAAAGUGAUGUACCGAACGGAAUACAUAAUGAGUUACAAGUGUAUAAGAUGUCUUCAAGUGAAAAUAAAUGUGUUGAAUCCAAUGAAGCAGUUUCUAGCCGUUCUUCAGUUCAACAAUCAUCAAAGAAAAUCAGAGAAAAUCCGCCCGAAAAUGUUCUAGAUCCUCCUGUUAUAGAUUAUAUUCAGAUACCCAUUAUAGUACAAAAAAAUGAAACAAGUUUGAAGACAAGCAAAGAGUCAUUAGUAGCUACAGCAGCUCGUACAUUUGUUCGGCAAGACGCAAAAUCAACUGGUAAAAGUAGGGAUAAUUUGGAAAGAAAAGAAUUAGAAUUUCGAUUUAAAAAUGAUAGUAAUGAAAUCGUGACCAAAGAAAAUCAUGGUGUGUGUGAAGAAUCUACAAAUACUAAUUCAAGUCAUGCACCAAACGAGCACGUUAACGAAAUAGAGAAAAUAGAAAAUAAAGAUUGCGAAUCUCAAUCUGAUUAUGUUAUUGAAAUACAGUACAAAGCUGAAAAUAAAUCUAAGUCACAUCAAAUAUCUAUGAAUGAAAAUAAUAAUGAACAAGAACAAAAUACUUCAAGUCCUAUUGUAGACGAAACUACUUCGACCCAGGACACAAGCAAAGAGGAAACAAAGGCUUCUGGAUCACAAUCUAAUAAUGUUCUUAAAAAUGCUCACACUUGUGGCGGUUGUCAUGAUGAUGUUUCUGAAAAUGACUUGGAUGCAAAUAAAAUGUUAUUAAAAGAAUGUAUUAAUAAUGUGUCCAAUUCUAAUUCUAGUCGUGACCAACAAUCAACAACACAGAAUAGUGACGAAGCUGAAAGUAAUGAAACAAAAUCGUCUCCUGAUAAAGAUUUAUUUAACAAACCAAAUACCCAGUAACAGGAUAUAGUCCAAAGAGUUACUUUGCACAAAGGCCUUAAAAUUAUAUUACUUAUUAAGUUCUAUAUGUAUAUUCAUAAAUAAAACAUUCUAAGCAUUAACUUAAGUA